AUGCUUCGCGUUGGUAGAGAACAGAUACGGGCAGUUACUCGAGUUCCGAUUAUCACGAGACCGAGUGUUCCCGCAGAAAAUUCGCAGUUUAUUAUACUCUCUGGCUGGGCUGGAGCCCGCCCGAAAACACUGAAACGAUAUGCCGAAAUGUACGAAGAAAUGGGCCACUCUUCCGUUAUGGUCGGAGUGGACCUGACUGCGGUCAAAAACAGUGAAAAGGGUGCGGCCCUUGCGAAGCAGCAAACCUUCUGGGACGAAAACGAGCGAGCCAUGUACACAGAAAUGAUGGAAGAAUACAUGAAACCGUUGUGGGAAGAGCAUCCCGAUUUGGAGAAAGUUUCCCCAAUCGUGCAUACCUUUUCGAAUAACGGAAUUCAAACCUGGUUUAAUUUGACGGACGUUUUUCAGCCGCACAAGGGAGUGAUAUUUGAUUCCGGCCCUGCUUGUCCACCUGAUUGGGACGUGCCAGGAAAAAUUUUUAGGCUCAACAAUCCGAAUGCCCCGCUUAUGAUCAAAAUCGCGGUCACUUUAGUAAUGAACAGUGCUUACAGUUUUCGUGGCUUGGCAAAAUACAAGAAAGAAGGAAUGCUGAUUCCUGACGACUUGAUGGCAAUGAUUCCACCUCAAAUAGGAACCGCGCCAAGUUUAUUUAUCGCUGCUGAACACGACACACUCACUCCGCCUUCUUCCGUUGAAAAAGAACGAAAUCGAACCAGGGAUUUCGGCUUGUCGACGACGGAGUAUCAUGUGCUCAAUGGAGGACAUUGCACGAUGCUGAGGGAUGAUGGAGAAAAUUAUAAAAGAGUCAUUGAGAACUGGAUAAAAACACUUGAUAAAUAA